CAUUGCAUGGAGGAAGCUUAAGGAACCCAGGCUUCCAGUCUUCCACCCAAGCUCAAAGUUCUUCCCGAGAACAAGUACUUAGGAGACCCAAGCUCCUGGAAGCUCCAGUAUUUAUCUCUUCAUCUUGAACUCUCCUUUUUCAAGAAUCCUGUUCUUUGCCUUCUAGAUCUUGGUCACAGCUGGGAUUCAGGCAUCAUACUUUCCAACAAUGAGGCAGAUAAAGAUGCAGAAAGGAAACAUUCUCCUUAAGUAUUGGUUACUAUUGCAUCUCCUACUUUUAGAAACUGCAGGUGAAACAUCCACAUCAGGCAAGACUGAACACAGCAUAACUUCUAGUGGGACCACUACAACCUCUAACACUAAAUCCAGCACAAUCUCUGGAGGGACCAGCACACUUGUCAACACUGGACUCAGCACAGCCUCUGGUGGAACAAGUAUAGUUUCCAACACUGGAUCUAGUGUGGCCUCUAGGGGAACCAAUACAGCCUCCAGUACUGGAUCCAGCACAACCUCUGGAGGGACCAGCACAGCUGCCAAUACUGGAUCCAGCACAUCUGGUGGGACCAGUACAGCCUCCAACACUGAAUCCAGUGUGAUCUCCAGUGGGCCCAGCACAACCUCCAAUACUGAAUCUAGCACAACCUCUGGAGGGACCAGCACCCCUGUCAACACUGGAUCCAGCACAACCUCCAGAGGUAGUAGCACACCUAUGAACACUGGAUCCAGUGAAACCUCAGGUGGGACCAGUAUAGCCUCCAGCACUAGAUUCAGUACAACUUCCGGUGGGACCAGCAUAGUCUCUAGGACUGGAUCCAGCACAACCUCCAGUGGGACCAGCACAGCUACCAACCCUGGAUCCAGUGUGAUCUCCAGCGGGACCAGCACAGCUGCCAACACUGCAUCCAAUGCAAUCACAGGAGGCUCUAGCACACAUUCUCUAACUGGAACACACACAACUUCCAAUAGGGUUGGCACGAGCGCUACCACUCCAGUGAAUGAUGUGACACCCAGUGGGUCCCUGAAACCAUGGGAAAUCUUCCUCAUUACUCUGGUCUCAGUUGUAGUGGCUGUGGGAUUCUUUGCUGGGCUCUUCAUCUGUGUGAGAAAUUCCCUGACCCUGAGAAACGUCUUUGACACAGCUGUCUACCAUCCCCAUGGCCCCAACCUUGGCAUGGGCCCUGGAGGGAAUCACGGAGUCCACCACAGGCCUAGCUGGAGCUCUAACCGGUUCUGGAGGAGACCAGUAUCCUCAAUAGCUAUGGAGAUGAGAAGGGGAUACAAUGGGCCCUGA